UGUCCUGACUGUAAGAUCAAGUCCAAACCUGUUUUGGACUUGAGAAAACUUCUCUUUUCAUCUCAGCCCUUGGUGGUCCAGGUCUUCAUGCUGCUGUGGGUGAUAUUACUGGUCCUGGCUCCUGUCAGUGGACAGUUUGCAACGACACACAGGUCCGUUAUUUUCCUCCAGCCUCCAUGGACCACAGUCUUUCAAGGAGAGAGAGUGACUCUGACUUGCAAGGGAUUUCGCUUCUACUCACCACAGAAAACAAAAUGGUACCAUCGGUACCUUGGGAAAGAAAUACCAAGAGAAACCCCAGACAAUACCCUUGAGGUUCAGGAAUCUGGAGAGUACAGAUGCCAGGCCCAGGGCUCCGGUCUCAGUAGCCCUGUGCACUUGGACUUUUCUUCAGCUUCGCUGAUCCUGCAAGCUCCACUUUCCGUGUUUGAAGGAGACCCUGUGGUUCUGAGGUGCCGGGCAAAGGCGGAAGUAACACUUAAUAAUACUAUUUACAAGAAUGAUGAUGUCCUGGCAUUCCUUAAUAAAAGAACUGACUUCCAUAUUCCUAAUGCAAGUCUCAAGGACAAUGGUGCAUAUCGCUGUACUGGAUACAAGGAAAGUUGUUGCCCUGUUUCUUCCAACACAGUCAAAAUCCAAGUCCAAGAGCCAUUUACACGUCCAAUGCUGAGAGCCAGCUCCUUCCAGCCCAUCAGCGGGAGCCCAGUGACCCUGACCUGUGAGACCCGGCUCUCUCUAGAGAGGUCAGAUGUCCCGCUCCGGUUCUGCUUCUUCAGAGAUGACCAGACCCUGGGAUCAGGCUGCAGUCUGUCCUCGAAGUUCCAGAUUACUGCCAUGUGGAGUAAAGAUUCGGGGUUCUACUGGUGUCAGGCAGCAACAAUGCCUUACGGCAUCAUAUCUAACAGCCCGAGAUCUUGGAUACAGGUGCAGAUCCCCGCAUCUCAUCCUGUCCUCACUCUCAGCCCUGAAAAGGCUCUGAAUUUUGAGGGAACCAAGGUGACACUUCACUGUGAAACCCAGGAAGAUUCUCUGCGCACUUUGUACAGGUUUUAUCAUGAGAGUGUCCCCUUAAGGCACAAGUCAGUCCGCUGUGAAAGGGGAGCAUCCAUCAGCUUCUCACUGACUACAGAGCAUUCAGGGAACUACUACUGCACAGCUGACAAUGGCCUUGGCGCCACGCCCAGUAAGGCUGUGAGCCUCUCAGUCACUGUCCCUGUGUCUCAUCCUGUCCUCACCCUCAGCUCUGCUGAGGACCUGACUUUUGAGGGAGCCAAGGUGACACUUCACUGUGAAGCUCAGAGAGGUUCACUCCCCAUCCUGUACCAGUUUCAUCAUGAGGAUGCUGCCCUGGGGAAUAGGUCGGCGAACUCUGCAGGAGGAGUGGCCAUCAGCUUCUCUCUGACUGCAGAGCAUUCAGGGAACUACUACUGCACAGCUGACAAUGGCUUUGGCCCCCAGCGCAGUGAGGUGGUGAGCCUCUCCGUCACUGUCCCUGUGUCUCCUCCUGUCCUCACCCUCAACUCUGCUGAGGCCCUGACUUUUGAAGGAGCCACUGUGACACUUCACUGUGAGGUCCAGAGAGGUUCCCCACGAAUCCUAUACCAGUUUUAUCAUGAGGACGUGCCCCUGGGGAGCAGCUCAACGCCCUCUGUGGGAGGAGUGUCCUUCAGCUUCUCUCUGACUGAAGAACAUUCAGGGAAUUACUACUGCACAGCUGACAAUGGCUUUGGUCCCCAGCGCAGUAAGGCAGUGAGCCUUUUUGUCACCGUUCCAGUGUCUCGCCCCAUCCUCACCCUCAGGGUUCCCAGGGCCCAGGCUGUGGUGGGGGACCUGCUGGAGCUUCACUGUGAGGCCCUGAGAGGCUCUCCCCCAAUCCUGUACUGGUUUUAUCAUGAGGAUGUCACCCUGGGGAGCAGCUCAGCCCCCUCUGGAGGAGAAGCUUCUUUCAACCUCUCUCUGACUGCAGAACAUUCUGGAAACUACUCAUGUGAGGCCAACAAUGGCCUAGUGGCCCAGCACAGUGACACAAUAUCACUCAGUGUUAUAGUUCCAGUAUCUCGUCCCAUCCUCACCUUCAGGGCUCCCAGGGCCCAGGCUGUGGUGGGGGACCUGCUGGAGCUUCACUGUGAGGCCCUGAGAGGCUCUCCCCCAAUCCUGUACUGGUUUUAUCAUGAAGAUGUCACCCUGGGUAAGAUCUCGGCCCCCACUGGAGGAGGAGCCUCCUUCAACCUCUCUCUGACUACAGAACAUUCUGGAAUCUACUCCUGUGAGGCGGACAAUGGUCUGGAGGCCCAGCGCAGUGAGAUGGUGACACUGAAAGUUGCAGUUCCGGUGUCUCGCCCCGUCCUCACCCUCAGGGCUCCCGGGGCCCAUGCUGUGGUGGGGGACCUGCUGGAGCUUCACUGUGAGGCCCUGACAGGCUCUCCCCUGAUCCUGUACCGGUUUUAUCAUGAGGAUGUCACCCUAGGAAAUAGCUCGGCCCCCUCUGGAGGAGCGUCCUUCAACCUCUCUCUGACUGCAGAACACUCUGGAAACUACUCCUGUGAGGCCGACAAUGGCCUCGGGGCCCAGCGCAGUGAGACAGUGACACUUUAUAUCACAGGGGGAAAGCCUGCCUCUGACCCCGCCAGGAGCCCUUCAGACUCGGACUCCCGAGAGCCCACCUAUCACAAUGUACCAGCCUGGGAAGAGUUGCAACCAGUGUACAGUAAUGUAAAUCCUAGAGGAGAAAAUGUGGUUUACUCAGAAGUACGGAUCAUCCAGGAGAAAAAGAAACAUGCAGUGGCCUCUGACCCCAGGCAUCUCAGGAACAAGCGUUCCCCUAUCAUCUACUCUGAAGUUAAGGUGGUGUCAACCCCGGUCUCCAGAUCCCUGUUCUUGGCUUCCUCAGCUCCUCACAGAUGAGUCCACACAUCUCUCCAACUGCUGUUUCAGCCUCUGCACCCCAAAGUUCCCCUUGUGGGAGGAGAAGCAUUGAAGUGGGAAGAUUUAGGCUGC